AUGGGCUACGGGGGGUUGAAGACGACUAGCUUCCUGGGCAACCGCACCGCUUUCAAGUCGGCGGUGCGCGGCUCUGUGUCGCGGCAGAGCCGUGUGUCGGUGAACGCUAUCUUCACCAAGACCAAGGCUCCUGCCAAGGCGGCCUACGUGUGCCUGGACUGCGGGUAUCUCUACGAUGAGUCGACGCCAUUCGAGCAGGUCAAGAGCUACUCGUGCCCCGUUUGCGGUGCCCCUAAGCGCCGGUUUAAGGAGCUCAAGAACAACUCGCUGCGCAAUAACGACCCCAAGUCCAUGGUUGCCCGCAAGGAGAAGCUUCGCGAUCAAAUUGUGGCGGAGGGUGGCAACCCGGAUGAGGGCCAGAACGAGUUCCUCAUUGCCACGGGGGCCGCCAUCGUCGCCACCCUCGGUCUGCUGGCUUACCUCACACAGCAGUAAAGAGAGAGGGAAUUGGAACAGAGGGUGAUACCAUGCGCCGGCAUUCGUCUUAUCCAAGUCCCGAGCUGCCCAGUGGGAGCUGAUGCUGCGCAUUAAGCUUAGGACUCGGAUGCUACUGAUUCCGGCAAAGCGUACCCACAGAGGGAGGGGUAAUUAGGCGUUUUAUGAGCUUACGAUCAAGUGGAACUGCAAUUGCGUGCUUUCCUCGAGUGCUGUAUCAAGGGUUGUUUGUGUAAAGGAACGAGGAAUGAGAGGGUGAGAGCGAGAGCGAAUGAGAUGAACUCGCGAGAGUGGAGUAAUUCAGAAUGUUGGAAACUGGACGUGGAGGGUUUUGACUUCAGUAUGCUGCAUCGCAUAUUUGUAGCUUUGCUAAAUAAUUUAGCAUGCUUGGAUGGAGCAGGAGGUGUUUUUGGUGCAUUCAGAGCGACUUCAGAGAGAUAUUUCUGGCCACAGGUUACACGGUGUGUAGUGUUGGUGUUCGACGGUGACGAUGCUGGACAUCAGGGUAACGUCGAGUUGGCUGCCACAAAAGAGUAAUAUCUGUAACCAGAAUGUGACACAUCCCACCGUAUUAUCUGUUCCGUCCGUCCGUGGUGACGGAAUAAUGUUCACCGCGGAACAAGCGAACAGCUACCUUCGGGUAAAUGAAUUCGACGUUUGCACUGCUCUAAAGGGGCGGGGUUCUUGGGACUGUGUGAUCGACAGCUCAUCAUUAACAGUGUAAAAACGUGUGAAU